AUGGCGGUACUGGUGCGGAAAUAUGUGGACCGAGAAACGUUACUGAUGUGGGUUUGGUAUGAUAGCAGUGGUGGACUGGACCAUCGGGCUCACCGGGCCGAUUCCCGGUGGCCUGGUGUUGCCUGGCACACACGAAUGUUCAGGCCACUGAACUUGGAAGCAGGCCAGGCCAGCAGUCAAGGGGUUUAA